AUGAUCGGCACUUCUUUUCCCGAGUAUGUAUUCAUCAGAGUCUGUAUAUUCGUCCUACAAUACACCACGCCGCUUUGUCUCACCGCACUCCUUACACUUCUGGUCGCAGGCGGCCGCCCGGCGUUAUCCUGGCGCAUCAGCCAGCUUCUCUUUGCCUACUCCGUCGUUGAUGUGCUCUAUGCCAUUUUUAUCUGGAUACCAUACAACAAACGACUUCGGAAUGAGGCGAGACAUCCACCAGCAGUGAGCUCAGACGAAAGGAAGGCUCUGUUUGACAAAUGCAUCACCGAACACGUCUCCGACUUUGAUCGCUAUGUGCGGCUCUGGUUUCUUGGUGCAGAUGAAGCCGAAAUCCGACGGGACAAUGUCCGCAACUUCAUCUUGUGGGCGUUCUUUGAUACAGGACCGGAGGAUGCGAGCGCGCAGGCUCUCGAGCAAGCGAGUGGGUUCGUGGACAUAUUUGAGCAACAGCUCGGGCGCAAAUUGGAGCCCGGAGAGGGCAGUGCCACCGGCCUACGAUUAACGAUUGAUGCUAUUGAAACCCGCUACAGGAGCUUCAUCUGGUACGUGAUAGUCGGUCUCGUAGACUUUGUCGCGCAUUGCUAUCUCGCGUGGGAGGGGUUCCAGUAUCACGCACAGCCGCUAUCUAAGGUGUUCUCAGUUCUCCCCUUCAGAUUACAGAGUACGGUCGCCAGCAAACAAUCGCCGUCGCGGCAACUUGGCUACUGGCACCGGCCGCAUACGGCCCCAGACAAAGUCCCGAUGGUGUUCCUGCAUGGUAUAGGGAUCGGACUCGUGACAUAUGCUCCAUUCUUGGCGAGACUCAACAACGCGGCUCACAGAAACGGGGAUAUCGGUAUCAUCGCUGUCGAAAUACUACCGAUAUCGUUUCGGUUAACGAGCGAUCCGCUGGGUAAACUGGAGUUCCUGAGCCAGCUAGAUACCAUACUUAAGAGCCAUGGAUGGGACAAGUUCGUGUUGGCGGCCCAUUCUUACGGAACCGUUCUCGCGUCGCAUAUGGUUCACUCGCAGACAUUUGGUUCCCGCAUCCAAGGUGUUGUCCUGCUUGAUCCAGUAAGCAUCAUGCUACACCAGCCUGAUGUCGCCUACAACUUCACACGGCGUAAGCCGCGACAAGCAAAUGAGUGGCAGCUUUGGUAUUUUGCGAGCAUGGAUCCGGGCGUGGCUCAUACUCUGGGCCGGCAUUUCUUUUGGCGGGAGAAUAUAAUAUGGAAAGAGGAGCUGCUGGCCCUCCCAAGUGACGAUGGCGAAGGUCAAUCACCUGUGAGGAGGAGAAAGGUGGCGGUAUGUCUGUCGGAGCGCGAUCUCAUCGUUGAUACGCUCAGUGUAGCCGAAUAUCUCGUCGGUGGUGAAGAUUGGGUUCCAGGCAAGGCGUCGCAUGAAUCAGACGAGACCAAAAUCCACCAUGCGACACGUGAUGGGAUUGAGGUGUUAUGGUUCCCCGGUUUGGAUCAUAGCCAAUUGUUUGACACCAAAAAAGACCAGGAACGUGUUUGCCGCGUCCUGCGCCAGUAUUGCACUCAGUUGUAG